AUGGCGGCGCCGUCGGGUGGUCCCGACGGCGUCCAAGAAGCGUACACGACCUACGCCGCCCAGGGCGGCGACGGCGCGGACAACUGGGCGACGCGCGCCAAGACCUGGGGCUACGCGCCCGCGGUGCUCGAGUCGCUGGGCCUCGAGGGCGCCGAACGACGGCUCUUCGCCGGCGCGUGCGGCGGCGGCUGCCCGCUCCGCGUCGACGGCGGCCCGCGGCCGGGCGAGACCGUCGUCGACCUCGGCUGCGGCUUCGGCCACGACCUCGUGCUCGCGAGCCGCAUGACGCGCGGCGGGCGGAUCGUGGGCGUCGACGUCACGGCGGCGAUGCUCGACGCCGCGGCGAGGACCGUCGCGGCGUUUUCAUUGCCGAACGUCGAGCUGCGGCGCGCGCCGCUCGACGACCCGAGCCUGGGCUCGGGCGUCGCCGACGUCGUCGUGAGCAACGGCGUCUUCAAUCUGACGCGGGACAAGCGCGCCGCCUUCGCCGCGGCGUUCCGCUUGCUGAAGCCCGGCGGCCGCCUGCUGCUCGCGGACGUCUGCAAGACGGGCGCGCCGGCGUCGCGGCCCGCGGGGUCCUGCGCCGCGGGGCCCCGCGACGAGUGGAGCGGCUGAGUCAGCGGCUGCGAGAGCGUCGAGGCCUACCUGGACCACCUCCGCGCCGUCGGCUUCGUCGACGGCGCGCACCUGUCCUGGACGGCGUUCUACACGUCGCCGACGACGCGCGGCGCGCACUUCUUCGCCGUCAAGCCGGAUCCCCGCCGGCGCCUCGCCGCCGCCGCCGUGCUCGCCGCGGCCGCGGCCGUCGUCGCCGUCAUCUUCGCGCGCCGGCGA